AUGAACCAACAAGCCACGUCCGAGGUCCAGCCCACUGGCGUAGACCACCGCCGGCUCUUUUACGAGCCUAUUGUUCUUGAGUAUGCCUUGCAAGUAGCUUGCCGUGCCGGUCAAGAUGUUUUCAACGGGACUCCGAAGGUGGAGAACGAUUCCCUUGCGACGCAGGCCCAGGUCUUCCGCUCCUUUGUGGAGAAGCUAGCUCAGGUAUGCGAUAAUGAACGUGGCGGCAAGACGGUAACUUCAUUCACUGUCCUCGAGGGGGAGGACGGCCCAGAGUUUGUCUUCGCGUCGAACCACAGAGACGCCGACGAACUGUCUGAGACCCAGCAGUUCGCUGAAGAUACACUUACUCUUGUGGGCAAGAAUCCUACUGGUCUCAAGCCCAGGCCCCUCGCCAAGCAGGUCUUGUGGAAGAUACUGCUGUUCAAUCUGCCACGUCUAGGCAUCUACCUAGACAAUGUCGGCAGAUACCUGGAUGCCUGUAUUGACGACUGUGACAGACGGGAUGCUUCAGAAGGCCUGAAGGAGGAACUUCUGAAUUUGAAGAAGAAGGCAGACUUUCCAAGGGACCUAACAUCUGGAAACGUCCAAGACAAGUUUCUGUGCGAUUGCGAAAAGCUAAUCAAAGGGGUUGUGGCUAUCAAGAACACCCAGAUCGAUCAGGCGAUAAUGAGAAACGCCAAGGAUGGAGAAAUCUCCGAGUCGAAGUCCUGGUCCGAGUUGCGCCACUAUCUUGGACGACUACUCUCCUUCCGCCAGGCGGCAGAUGCCAUAAUUGGCACUCAUGAACGCCUACCGAAGCUCUUUCACGACUUCAAGUUCACUGCUGUCCCAUCCAGCGAAGAUGCUGCCAGACCAAUGACAAAAUCCAAGUCUAUCACCGCGGCAUCCAUCAUUGAGAACAUGAUUCCAGUUGAUGAAGAAGAGGAGCGAAAAGAGUUCCUUCAGCACGCGGUCGAAAUGCAAAAGUUCGGACUGGAUAGCAUCAUCCAGAGGCAGAUCGGCAAGCGCACCUUUAGGCCGCGUGUUCACGCCGAAGUACUCGUUCAUAGCUAUCUGCUGAGCCGCGAUCUGCAGCAUCCAAGAGACUACUUUAACAGCUGGAAAUACAUUGGCAGCAGCAAGCCCACUUGCAGGCUCUGUCACUACUACUUCAGCGCACACCCUGAUCGCAUGCAAGUGAGGAAGAGUCACUUCAACCUCUAUCCAAACUGGCGUCUCCCGGGAGUCUUUGAGUGUGCCGACUCUGGCGUCCCCGACGCCAAGACCCAGCGAUUGCUCGAAAAGAUUACGGAGAACGUGCAUGAUGAUGUGAAGAGGACACUGGAAGAGAAGCGACCCGUCGGAAAGAACCAUGACUCGAAUACGUUUACCACACUGCCGGAGGGCUUGAAUGGGUACGCGUACAGUGACACCGCGAGCGUCAGCGAGGCUGCCGCUCAAAUGGAUGACAUGGAAUUGAACGCUCGUACCGAUGGCGACAGUGAUCAGCUGGCUGAGUGCGGGGAUGAUGGACCCAGCGUGGUUAGAGAAGCGGAUGAAGAAGUCGUGGGUAAUACAAGCGGAGGUGCACCAUUGAACGCUAUGGGUAGCCAGAAUUCGGCUUGA